AUGGAUGACAAGAACGAUGAAGAGAAGUUUGACUUUAUAAUGCCUGAACUGGCAUCUACUGGGGAGAAAGAAUCGUACUUCUACUGUCCGAGGGAUCGUAAAUACAGGAACAGUACACGGCCAAACCGUGUUACAGGAUCUGGAUUCUGGAAAGCUACUGGAACUGAUAGGCCAAUAUGCUCCUCAGAUGGCACUAAAUGCAUUGGUUUGAAGAAAUCACUCGUGUUCUACAGGGGCAGAGCAGCCAAAGGAAUAAAAACUGACUGGAUGAUGCAUGAAUUUCGACUUCCUUCUACGUUGGACACGGCAACACCCAAGAAGUUCCUGAACAAGAAUCUACCAGCAAGUGAUUCUUGGGCCAUUUGCAGGAUUUUCAAAAAGAGUAAUUCAAUGGCACAAAGAGCUAUUUCUCAAUCUUGGGUAGCUUCAUUAUCUGAGGCACCUGAUGUAUUCACUGACGGUGCUCAUCAUUCUCAAUUUAUUGCUGCAAACAUCUCACCAAUUUCUGAAACCCGAUCAACCAUCCCGUUAUGCAGCAGUAAUGAGUUGCGACAGCCUUCUCCAGCUAAUUUUUCUGCUCGCAGCAUUCUCUCACAUAAACAAAUGGAGGCAUUAACUAGUAACGAAUCUAUAUUCACAACUUCAAAUGGGGACUUGCCCGGUUACUUCAUGUUCUCUCCUCCUGAAGAAGCAGCAGGAUCCACCAACAAGUGUACACUUGAAGUUCCUUCCAUGCUUUUCAAUCUAUCUCCUGCCUUAAUAAGCGAUAUGAGUAAAACCACAGAAUGCAUUGAACUUGAAAGAUCACAACAAGAGAUGCAAGGAAGCAUAAGUGUGGAAGACAAUGAAGGAGACUUGAGAAAUAACCAAUGUGCAUUACAUAUUCAAAAUCAAUGGCAAGGUAUGCGGCGGAUUGGUUUCCCGUUCAGUUUGCCAUCAACUGUAUCAGAUUCAUCGAAGCUUAAUUUGCCAUGGGAUUCUCCCCCCUGUCCCAGUGAAAUAGCCUCUUCUUGUUCUACACACAAAUUUUACAUAUAG